CCGGCCCGAGAAUCCAGGAGAUUUCAGGUGGGCUGGGACUGCAAAGCCAGGGGCUGAGCUGUAGCCCGAAGCGGGGGAGUCGGAGAGGGAAGCCUCGGGUCCGGACCGGCGCAGGCCGCCCUCUCUUGUUCCUUCCCGCCUCUGUGCCGGCCGCCAUGUGGGCCGCCUUGAGGCUAGUAGCCUUACGGCCGUGCGCCCGCGCCGCUGCGCCCGCGCCGCGCGCCUAUCAUGGGGACUCCGUGGCCACGCUGGGCACCCAGCCGGACUCGAGCUCUGCCAUCUACCAGGAAAACUAUGAACAGAUGAAAGCACUAGUAAGUCAGCUCCAUGAACGAGCACAGAACAUCAGACUAGGAGGUGGUGAGAAAGCCAGAGCACGUCACAUAUCAAGAGGAAAACUGUUACCUAGAGAAAGAGUCGACAAUCUUAUAGACUCAGGGUCUCCAUUCCUGGAAUUAUCCCAGUUUGCAGGUUACCAGUUGUAUGGUGAUGAGGAGGUCCCUGCAGGUGGCAUUAUUACAGGCAUUGGGAGAGUGUCAGGGGUAGAAUGCAUGAUUGUUGCCAAUGAUGCCACUGUCAAAGGGGGUACCUACUACCCAGUGACUGUGAAGAAGCACUUACGGGCGCAAGAAAUUGCGAUGCAAAACAGGCUCCCCUGCAUUUACUUGGUUGACUCAGGAGGGGCAAACUUACCUCGACAAGCAGAAGUAUUUCCAGAUCGAGAUCACUUUGGCCGCAUAUUCUAUAAUCAGGCAAUUAUGUCUUCUAAAAAUAUUAUACAGAUAGCAGUGGUCAUGGGCUCCUGUACGGCAGGAGGAGCUUAUGUGCCUGCGAUGGCUGAUGAAAACAUCAUCGUUCGCAAGCAGGGUACCAUUUUCUUGGGAGGACCUCCCUUGGUUAAAGCAGCCACUGGAGAAGAGGUGUCAGCUGAGGAUCUUGGAGGUGCUGAUCUUCACUGCAGAAAGUCUGGAGUAACUGACUACUAUGCUUUGGACGAUCAUCAUGCCCUUCACUUAGCUAGGAAGGUUGUGAGGAAUCUAAAUUACCAGAAGAAAAUGGAUGUUACCACUGAACCUCCUGAAGAUCCUUUAUUUCCUGCUGAUGAAUUGUAUGGAAUAGUUGGUGCCAACCUUAAGAGGAACUUUGAUGUCCGAGAGGUCAUUGCUAGAAUCGUGGAUGGAAGCAGAUUCAGUGAAUUCAAAGCCUUAUAUGGAGACACAUUAGUUACAGGAUUUGCUAGGAUAUUUGGAUACCCAGUAGGUAUCAUUGGAAACAAUGGAGUUCUCUUUUCUGAAUCUGCAAAAAAGGGGGCUCAUUUUAUCCAGUUAUGCUGCCAAAGGAAUAUCCCUCUGCUGUUUCUUCAGAACAUUACUGGGUUUAUGGUUGGUAGAGACUAUGAAGCUGAAGGAAUUGCCAAGGAUGGUGCCAAGAUGGUGACUGCCGUAGCCUGUGCCAACGUGCCGAAGAUAACUGUUGUCAUGGGGGGAUCUUAUGGGGCUGGAAACUAUGGAAUGUGUGGCAGAGCGUAUAGCCCGAGGUUUCUCUACCUGUGGCCAAAUGCUCGCAUCUCAGUGAUGGGAGGCGAGCAGGCAGCUAAUGUGCUGGUGACAGUAGCAAAGGACCAGAGAGCGCGGGAAGGGAAACAGUUCUCCAGUGCUGAUGAAGCAGCUUUGAAAGAGCCCAUCAUUAAGAGAUUUGAAGAGGAAGGAAGCCCUUACUAUUCCAGUGCAAGGCUGUGGGAUGAUGGGAUUAUUGAUCCAGUGGACACCAGGCUGGUCCUAGGUCUCAGUCUUAGCGCAGCUCUCAACGCACCUAUCCAGAAGACUAACUUCGGCAUCUUUAGGAUGUAACUGGAAUAUAAAGUGUUGGACAUGUACCGAAAAUUAAUGUAUUAGUAGCCUUAACAUUUUAGACUUUUUCAAUAUGGGGCUAUUACAGUAAAAUUGUUUUCUUAACACAGCUCAUUGUACUUUUCUACCUUUGAAAAAAGAUCACUGAAGAUAUUUAUUUGAUGAAACUCAAUUCCUUGUCAAUUCUCUUAGAGAAACUUUGCUAUGGCUCAGCUUUACCACCCCUAAAAGGAAGAGAAUAACUUAGAGUUAUUCUUUCUAAGCCAUAAGUACUGUGAAAAGUUCUGUAAUCUGUAAAUUGCAGGUAUUGUUGAGAUUUUUAACAUAAAAUUGUAUUUUCACUGAUCUGAUUAUUUUGCAGAUUAUGCAGGGUGAUACUUUAAUGUACUUUUAAAAAAAAGCAUCUAUUACUUUUCCCUCUACCCUUCAUCUUCCUCCUCUCCAUAGUCAUCAGACUUCUCAUCUGCACUCUCUGGGCUCUGUUUCCUCACCCUCUUGUUUUCUGGCUUCUACUGCAACAGCCCUCUCCAAGGUCACUACUGACCUCCAUGUUCCUGAAACCAGUGGGUCCUUUUCCAGUUUUGCUUGAUUUAAUUCUCUGGGGCAUUCUAGUCAGUCAGACACUUCUUCCUAGAAAUUCUGUCCUUAGCUUCCACGCUGUAACACUCGGUUUUCCACGUGCCUCCGUGGCCAUUUUCGUUCAGUUUCCUUUGCAGGCCCCACUUCCUCUGCUCAUUCCUCCUUCCCUUCACUGUUUUUCUUGAUUUCUCAUUACUAAUAUGUGAAUACCUUCUUAUUCUAAAAAUACAAAUAGCACAAAAGUAUCUCAUUAAUUAUUCUUAUUAAAAGAAUAAUUGUAAAAUAUACAUAACAAAAUUUACGCAUUUUAACCAUUUUCGCGUAUGCAGUUCUGUGACACUAAGUACAUUCAUAUCGUGUGCAAAAUGAUCACCAAAAUAAGUCUAGUUUACCAUCUAUCAUCAUACACAGUUACAAAAUUUUUUUUUUUUCUUGUGAUGAGGACGUUUAAGAUUUACUCACUUAGACAUCCCCAGGACUUACUUAUUUUAUAGCUGGAAGUUUGUAUCUUUUGAUCCCCUGCACUCAUUUUGUCCACCCCUACCCCUCUCCUUUCUGGCAAACACCAAUCUGUUUUGUAUCUUUAAGCUUGGUUUUUUAUUUUGCUUUGUUUGUUUUGUUUUUUAGAUUCCACAUGUAAGUGAGAUCUUACGGGGUUUGUCUUUCUCUGCCUGACUUACUUCACUUAGUGUAGUGACUCAGGGUCCAUCCAUGUUGUUGAAAAUGGCAAGAUUUCAUUCUUUUUUUAUGGCUGGAUUUCAUUCCUCUUCAUUCUUAAAUGUGUGUGUUUUCCAUAGCUCAAUCUACUCUGCCUGGGCCAUUUCAGCCCUUCUUAUGGCUUUAGUUGCCAUCUAAAUGGGGAUGAUUCCUGUGCUGACAGUUCCUUACACACUUCUCCCCUGAGCUCCAGGCCUGUGUAUCUAACAGGUCUAAGGAACCUCAAUCAUCAGGUUCUAUUGAUUUUGCCUCCUAAUUGUCUUUUGAAUUCCCUCACUAUUUUUAUCUUUUAUGAAAGCCUUAGGAGGGGUCUGUCUGCAUCCAUCCAGUCUUACCUAGUCCCAUCUCUCCAUCACUCUGGAAUUAGAAUGGCCAUUCUAAGGUGCGCGUCUGUCAUGCUGCUUCCUUACUUACAUCUUUCACUGGUUCCGCAGAAGUGCCAAACCCCUAAUGCCCUCCACGGAUCCUGAUCAUCACCUCUUCAGUCUCACCUCCCUGACUCCUCUCUUCACACUGGGUGCUCCACCUAUUCUAGACUUCUUCCAAUUCCUUAAACCUACAAAGUCCUUACCCCUUAGAGUCUACAAGGUUCCCUGUGCCUGAACUGUUCUCUUCCCCCUUCUGCUUAAACACUUAUCUUUUUGUCUGUGUGAUUUCCCUGGGCUGGGUUAGGCACCGAUUCUGUGCUCUUGUAGGGCACCAUGUUCUUCCUCUGUCACUGCUCAGAUAUUUGUUGAAUGAAUGAAAAGUCCAUAUUUUAAUUGCAUCUUCAGGCCACGUCAUUUUAAAAUGAAGUGAUUGAUUAUAUGUUCUAAUAGAAUUGUCAGAUGCUUUCCUAAUAAAAUUAAUAUUUCAAACA